UUACUCCGCCUAUGUCGCAAGUCAAUCCGUGUUGGGCUCAAGAGUCAGAGGAGGUGAUACUGGGGUUUGUAAAGUAGGGAAAGUGGAACAGCGGUGAGGGCGUAUUUUUCAGGUUGAUGUCUUGACACGAGGCUAAGUUUGUCGUUUGCUUAAAUCUCACGGAAGCGGCACGUGCUCGUCGUGUGCCAGUACUGAGAGGGGGAAAACCUCAGUUAAUGCCAAAUUUGGGAAGCGGGGUGGAGGAAAUGGCAUUUCAGCUGCUGCUAGUGGUGACGCCUGAUAGCGAGCUUUAAUAAAGCGGGAUAUAUCUCUAGCAGCUGAAGAUGGUGAAUUCAAGUGUUUUAUUAUCGUCAUGGCAAACGGAACCGGCAGCAUCAUGUUGAAAUGCGUGGUCGUCGGCGACGGCGCCGUUGGAAAAACUUGCCUGUUGAUGAGCUACGCCAACGACGCCUUUCCUGAGGAAUAUGUGCCCACUGUCUUUGAUCAUUAUGCAGUGAGUGUGACGGUUGGGGGAAAACAGUACCUUCUGGGGCUGUAUGACACUGCAGGCCAGGAGGACUAUGAUCGCCUGCGACCCCUGUCCUACCCCAUGACAGAUGUCUUCCUCAUUUGCUUCUCCGUGGUGAAUUCAGCCAGCUUCCAGAACGUGAGAGAGGAGUGGGUCCCUGAGCUGCAGGAGUAUGCACCUAACGUCCCUUACUUGCUCAUUGGUACUCAGAUUGACCUGCGGGAUGAUCCCAAGACUAUUGCCAAGCUGAACGAUGUGAAGGAAAAGCCCAUUGUGACAGAACAGGGCCAGAAGCUAGCUAAGGAGAUUGGUGCCUGCUGUUAUGUUGAAUGCUCAGCACUGACACAGAAAGGCCUGAAGACUGUGUUUGAUGAGGCCAUUAUAGCCAUUCUGGCUCCUAAGAAAGGUGCGCUCAAGCGAAGACUGGGCCCACGCUGCAUCGACUGCUGCCUCAUCACAUGAUACACCAGCUCAGGGGCACCAGUGAAAGAAAGCAAGAACUGACAACCAACCAGAUUUCAAUCUGACUUCUGAACUCAAACAUGGUUUAGCAAUGGGCCCAGUCACCUGCAACUGAAAUAUGAAAGGUCCAAGUUAUGGCGGAAUGACAAGAACAACUGACAAAAAGACACACUUUUCAAUGACAAAAGAACUGUAAACAUUGAGAUGAAAAUGGACAAAAUGAUUUAUUAAAAAUAUAAGCACAGAGAGUGAAAGAGAUGUCUGAGACACCCUUUCUAAUGAGCAAGAACUGUCAAACUGUAUUUCUGUGUCUGGCUUAUUAAGCACGAGUUCAUUUAGGAGACCAAACCCAGACAAGCCUAAACAGCACAACCAAACCCAUGGGUCAUUUACAGAAGUAAGACUUUUUUUAACUUCAAAAAGGGAAACUCUGCAUCUCAAUUUGGAUUGCAAAAUUACUAAAUGUCAGUACUGGCUUAAUUUACAGGAAAAAGAGAGGAAUUAUCAAAUAAUUACUGCCAUUAGGAACAUAUGACAAAUUAAAUAUCUAUUCUACAAAAAAAACAAAAAAAAAAACA